AUGGCAAUUGCAAGUAACUUUGGAACUAACCAGUCCCGCAACCAGGAGAAUAGUUCCGGAUUAGGGACCGUUGAAAUCGCAAACUGUGUCCUUAACGCUCCUCUGAUGCUCGUAUCCAUCAUUGGCAACGUUUUGGUUCUUUCCACCAUAUUGAGGACUCCAUCGUUCCGUUCGCCAUCCAUGAUUUUCCUUGGUAAUUUGGCCGUUUCAGACCUUUUUGUUGCCCUUUUCGCUCAACCGAUUUACAUUUUGGCUUACAUGUAUACAACAGGAAACAAUCAUCUUGGCCGAGCAUCUCAUGUCAUGGGGUUUUCUGUUUGUGGAACCUCUCUUUCGACAAUAACAGCUUUAGCCGUUGACCGAGUGUUGUCUCUUCAUUAUCAUAUGCGAUAUCCAGAUUUUGUGACUACGCGUCGAGCCUUGUGCACUUCAGCCACUCUUUGGUCCAUUCACGUGCUGAUCUCCUUGUUAUCAACUCGGUCAAAGAAAAUGUAUUACUUCGCUGCAACCGUUUCCAUUUCAAUAUGCCUUUCAGUUUGCAGCGUUUGUUUCAUCAAAAUUUACAGAAUUGUUCAUAAGCAUCAGUUGCAGAUCAACAUUCAGCAACAGGCGGUAGAAAGAUUGAAUGAAGCCUUAGAAAAUAAUCAUAGGGUGACGAGAUCCGCGAAAGGUGCCAAAAACAUUUUUAUCUACUACAUUGUGAUGAUUACGUGCUACACCCCUUUGUUUUCUGCAUAUUUAACAUCAGGUAUUCCACAAAUAAAAUAUAGAUUUCGAUGGACCUUUCCAGUAACCGUAGCAUUUUUUAACUCUUCAAUCAAUCCAGUCUUGUAUUGCUGGCGACACCGCGAGCUCCGAAAGGCAGUCUUGAAAACUGCAAGGCUAAUUUGUUUCAAGGGACAGAUUGAAACUAACUAG